AUGGUGGAACCCCACCAGCCUGUAGCGAGCACGUCGACAGCUCAUCUGAAGAAGAAGCGACGAGCUGAGCGUCAGUUGAAGCCGGAUGCAAACUCCUCAAAACUCGUCGACAAUCAGCUUACACAGAGCCGCUGGCAGUCUGACGAGCGCAAACAUGACGUGCAGGGUCCGGCAGAGUCUGAACAGAGCAAGGAACCGCGACAGACAACGACAGAGCGCGCUGGCCGCUCGCAAGUGAGCAAGGUACCUCCGCAUUCGGCUCUGCAUUGGAUCGUUGCUAGCAUGCGCAUCCCACUCGCACCUGUCUUCAUGGGCGAUCCAGACGAGGGGAUCAGGCAAUGGCUGGAUUCCUACCUCAUGCGAUAUCUACCCAGUCUGGGCGGAGUCUUGCUGUCAUACGAGCUGCCUGUUCGACACAAAGAUGCGCGUGCAGCCAUGGUACCCUCUACUGGCUUCUUGGACCUGCAAUUCGACGUCGAUGCCCUUGUAUUUCGGCCAGAGUUGCUCACUCGCCUAGAGGGCCGGAUCACCAACUCUACGCCAGGUCACAUCAGCUUGCUCGUUUAUGACCUCUUCAAUGCGAGUAUAGCGCGUCAGCAUAUCGAUCUUCGAGCGUACCGCUACGAUCCCGACCGUGCUGUACCUCGCCCACGUGAGAAGAAACGGAAGCGAAAAGAGCGCAACAAUUCGCAGGAUCAUGUCCUCUUCGAGACGGCAGACUAUGAGGCCACAUCAGACUCGCAAGGCGAUGCAGGCUUGCUCAGACCUGAUCCGACGGUACCGCUCGAAGAUACGAUGCACUCCGAACAAGGGCAGUGGGUACACAGGAAGACAAACGAGGUAUUAGGCGAUCAGACAGGCCAUCUCAGCUUCACCGUCGUUGGGCUCACGUUUGCAAAUCUGAUGAUAUCCAUCAAAGGCUCGUUGCUACAGAAUCCAGCCGAACCGCCAGAGGAACGUGAACAUGACGACGAUGAGAACCAGACACGAGCUGGCAGACUUCAUCUUGAUGAAGACAUACCCGCGACCGAGCUGCGAGAAGAGACGGUAUCCUUCGAGCCUGCGCCUGCCAAAGCAAUCAUGUCAAGAGAAGACGCACAGAUCAACCAUCCUUCCGACGGCCGUGCGGGUCACAACCAGCUCGAUGCAACAAUCGCCGACCUUGCCGUGCCCGUCUCAAGCAAGGGCAGCAAGAAGCACAAGAAGAAGCGCAAGGAUCUUGUCGAUGACUGA